CUGUGCUUCUCAACAACGAGCCACCCUGCCUGUGUGUCGCUUUCCGUCUCAUCCUGACAUCCUGGUGGCCGGGCCCCACAGGUGUGAUCCGCUCACUGCACACCCUGGGCCGUCUGGAUCAUGCCUUCUGCACGGAGACCCGACCCUACAACCAGGGAGCCCGGCUGACCGCCUUCGAGCUGGUGUACGAGCAGAUCCCCGCCACCCUCAUCGCGGACAGCAUGGCGGCAGCUGCCAUGGCCCACCGGGGCGUGUCAGCUGUUGUCGUGGGAGCCGACCGCGUGGUUGCCAACGGUGACACGGCCAACAAGGUGGGCACCUAUCAGCUGGCCAUCGCCGCCAAGCACCACGGCAUCCCCUUCUACGUGGCUGCACCCAGCUCCUCGUGUGACCUCCGUCUGGAGACGGGCAGGGAGAUCGUCAUCGAGGAGCGCCCAGGGCAGGAACUGACCGAUGUCAAGGGGAUCAGGAUUGCAGCCCCCGGCAUUGGGGUUUGGAAUCCUGCCUUUGAUGUCACCCCCCACGAGCUCAUCACUGGCGGUAUCAUCACAGAGCUGGGGGUCUUUGCCCCUGAGGAGCUCCGGGCAGCCCUAAACACCACCGUCUCCUGAGGGUCGUGUGAUCGCCCCCAAGAAGUCGCGCAUCGUGCAGCAGCGAAAGCUCAAGAAGGACCUGGAGGUCGGGAUCCGGAAGAAGAUUGAACACG